UAUUACUACAAAAACUGGAAGGUCUGUUCGUUCCCAAGGGAGGCGGAAUCCCAACUGUGCAGCCCUCUGGUUCCCAUAUACAAGCGUCUGGCGGGUGACUGGUGGAAUGACGAAGAACCCCAGGUUCGGGAGGCCUCCACGAAAGCUCUGUGGCCCAUGUUUGGGGUGUUGAUACGACGUCAAGAUCAGCAAGAGGAAAUAGUCAAGAACGUUCCACAGCUGCUCGCAGUGAGCCAGAGUUUGGACUCUUUCCUCGUGGCCAAAAGGCUCCACCUCUUUUUGGACAUCUGUGAGGAAUGCAAACCCCCGAUGCCCAAGAAGACCUUCCAGGCCGUCUGUGACUUUCUGUUCAAACAGGUUCUACCACUUGGUACUUCAAUCCAACAGGUGAAGAAAUGGCCCAGGAUCAUGGACAAGUUCGUACCCCUGAGCUGGAAGCCACAAAUCCCAGCGACCCCACGGCAGACACAGAUCCCAGGAGGAGAGCUAGCUACACAGGGCCAGGUAUUGAAAGGAGAGCAACAGUUCACCAGGGAGCACCAUGAUGUGCUGAUGGAGGCUUUCAGCCAUUUGGUCUGCUGUUCUCCCACGGACGCCCUGGACUUCUUGCAGACGCAGCUGAAGGACGACACCCAACACGUCCGCGUGGUCUUGCUCAAGCACCUCAAAGUCACCAUCGCGAGCAAUGACUUGUACGAGAACAGAAGCAGGAAGCGGCCUAUCGUGGAUGCCGUGAAAUGCAUUCUGGAUGAUCGGCGUGAAGCGGUGAUCAAAGCUACCCUGGGCUUCAUUAAAGAGCUUGUCCGCUCCCAGAACGUUGAGGGGUGUGCCGUGUGGGACAUGGUGGCCUACGUCUUCCAGCAACUCAACCGGCCUGCCGGCCAGCCAGGCACAAAAACGUCUCCCCCUGGCCACAAAGAGGAAGAAGACGGCAUUCAAGCCAUGUGCGUAGACGUCUUAGAGCAUCUUAACACCUCCGCGGAAGGGAUGAGUAAAAUUCUGUGGCCGAAGCUUCUGCACUUCGUGGUCCCAGCUCCGUACAGUCCUUCUUUGAGACCCCUCUGCCGAUGCCUGAAAGAACUGGCGGUCACUCAGCAGGGAGAAUCGGCUCUCUUCCUUGGCUCUUGCAAAGGAGUAAAACUCCCAAGUGCCCAAGGACUGUUUGCAAGGCUUCUGGUCCUGGCCUCCAACCCGAACCAGACAGGAAGGUGGUCUUUACAACUCUUGCACGCCGUGCGCUGCAACAUCCACGCUGCAGUCAACAAGCUGUGGGGGAUGCAAAUCCCUUUUCUUUUGGAAUCCAUCCGAGUGGAGUUCCCAGAGACCAGCAGUCAGGAAUGGGAGCAGAAGCUGCUGCAAUUCUUGAGAAGAUCCCUGGAGACCAUUGCUGACAGCAACUGGAUGCGAAACCUGAGCAGGGAAUUUGAAAGCCAGAUGUCCAGCUAUGCCGAUCAGUCGCCGGAAAAGAGUUUUCUAUAUAAGUGUUUGGGCACUUCGCUAACAAGUUGUGAAGACCUGCCCUUCGUUAAGAAUCAGAUUCAGCACAUCGUAGAAAAAGCAAACUACCUGGAAGCAUCAGAGAGAGAGAAAGUGAUCCAUGUCAUUUCGUUCUCUGCUAUGGGCCAUUUGGACCUGACAUUGGCUACACUGCACAAGUUUGGAGAUGGACUAGAGAAGAAAAUAAGGCUGUCUGAAGUCAUCAGUCACUAUAAGGAUUAUUAUCAAGGCCGGAGGGGCCACGUCCACCAAGCAAUGAUGCUGACCUACGGCAGAGUAGCACUCUGUGCUCCCAAAGAACUCCUCUGUUCCCAAGUGGAAACUGGAAUCAUGAAGAGAGUCCUGCGGCAUUACUACAACAGUGGGCAGGUGCUUGGUGUGAGCAUUGCCAAAAAGGACAUAAACCUCAAGCUCACCUUCAUCCAGAGCAUGAUAGACAUCAGCCUCGCCCUUCACGAGACCCAGGACUACCACGGAUUACAGCUGACCUGCAAAAAGGAGCUCCUCGGUGUCAUACUGGAUUUCAUCAGGGAAGAGCCUGUGGAUUCUCUAGCAACUUCAGUUCGCCCCAACGCUAUCCUUGCUCUGGGAUACUUGAGCAAGCUGAAGCCGUGUUUGACCUUGGAGGAAAAUCGGGAUCUCCUGGAUCAAAGCAUCAAAAGCCUGUUCCCUCUUCCUCCCUUGGAGCAGCUGAAAGAGGAGAUGGGAAAGGACUCGCUAGACAUAGAAGGAUUGUAUAAUUCCUCCAUGGAGGCCCUGGGGAAACUCAUGAAGAACGUCCUGGAGGAACAGCCGACAUCUGAGCUGGUGGGUGAAAUCUUCCAGCUCAUAGAUCCCUGGUUUACUGAAACCGAAUGCAGCAGAGAGAGAGCUUUGCAUGCCAGCUUACAGCUGCUCGAUGCUUUUCAAGAAAGCAGUGGGGUCGGCAUCCCGAGCGGGGAAGAUUUUCAUCAGUUUGGGUCUCUGGUUGCCCUUCUUGCCCCAUUCACCUGUGAUUCUUCCGCCCAGUGUCGGCAGUGGGCAGGGAAAUGCAUCAACUGCCUCGUGCACAUACAAGCUCGCUCAGGAAUCACUCUGGAGGAAAAACAAGAAAUGCUGUUUGCCUGCCUUGAUUUACAAUCUCAGUUUCCUGAGGAUCUGUUCACAGCAUCCUCCAAGAUGGCCAAGGUGGUCAGUGCCCAUUUCCCCCCGGAUCAGGCUCUGGACUUCAUCGAAGACAUCCUGGAGGAGCUGGUAUCUGGAAAUAGAAUGUGCGCCACUGCGGCUGGGUCUUGGCUGCUCACGAUCCUGCAAGACUGUGGUGGUGCUAUGGAAGCGCAGGUUUCAAAGAUCCUCGAUGUGUUCUACAGUCGCCUGCCUACCAUCAAGGAAGAGUCCUUGCGGCAGGUCCUGGUAGAUGCCAUUUCUGUCAUGGCGCACUAUCACUUGGACGCCGUGUUCAACAGCCUCAUGGGACGGCGCCUCCCCAUGGACAGUGAGACGGGGGAACUCUGGAGGUCCUUAGGCAAGGAACUGUUCCUGGCCCUACUGAUCCUGCAGCGGUUGGCCACCACCGUCACACAGCCACAAAGUUUGGAGACAGCAUCGGCCAUCGGCAGUGAUGACACCCCAGUUUUCGCCGAUGAAGAACCUCUCAAAGCCACCUGCGCCAUCUACGAAGUCAUAUCUGUGCUGCCUACUGGGAAAGUCAUCGAAGAGCUGUUUCCGGCAUUGUUCUGUGCUCUCCUACAGCAGGUCAGCAAAACGCUGGGUCAGAGGAUGCCUUCUUAUGAAGGACGCCGGAGGCUGUUCCAGAGAGAGCAGCACUUGAGCGAAGGCAACCCUUGCAGACUUUCUGUAGCCAGCCUGAAGACUCUGCUGUCGAAAAUGACUUCUGAGCCGUCGCUUGCGGAAACCGGGGGAGUGAAUAUCUGGGUUUUACUGAGGGAUCCCAGCACCCACCAUGAGGGGGUUUGUCUGCUGACCAGUCAUUUGGUUCAGAGUGGCCUUCUUGACAAGGAGAUCGUUGAACACGUCCUGUUCUGGAUGAAUUCGGGGUCUGAAAAGCUGCGUCUAACCAGCACUGCCUUUUUUGUAGAGGUAAAAGGGGAUCCCAUCUUAUCAGGGAAAGAGCAACUGCAGACCAUCUUUUCCAACUUAAUAGAGAGGGCGGGAGACCAAUAUCCCAGCAUCCGCCAGAUGUCCAUCAGAGGCCUUGGCAAUAUUCUCCUUGUAGCUCCCGACAAGGUCAGAUCCCAGAAGAAGACCAUUAUGGAGAUCUUCCUGGGUGCUUUGAAUGAUGCCCAGGUGGUGCGAGAAAGUCUCCAAGUGCUGGCUGUGGUUCUUCCUCACCUGAAGGAGAAGGACAUGGGCUCCCUCUUUAAGAACAUCACCCUGCAGACUGUAAGCUACUUGGAUGAUGAUGAUGCUGAUCUUCGCAGUGCCGCUCUGCGCCUCUUUGGCAUCCUGGCUGUGUCGACCAAAUCCAGAUUCCACGCAUUUUUUGCUGAGCAAGUGAGGAAGAACCUGGUACCACUCCUGAUUCACCAGCAAGAUCCCAGUCCCCAGGCAUCAGAGGCCUGCAAAGAUGCUUUCAUGCAGUCAGUCUCAUUUUUACCCAAGAGGAAACUGAAAGCUUGCCUGGAAGAACUUCGCCCUGCCAGCCCCCGGACCCUCCCCUAUCUGCAUGUGUACGUCUGCAGGCAGCUGGUCAAAACUAACCCAGAGGUGAAGGGGGAGCUCUUGCAAAAGACAACGGCGUAUUUCCAAAGCAUCUGGGAAGAGACCCGGACGGCAGCUCUGGACUUGUCAGGGGUUGUUCUGGAGAGCAUGGAGAUCCCAGACCUCGACGAGACGUUUCGACAGCAGCUGCUGGGCUCUCUCAAAGUGCUUCAGGAGGACCCAAGCCCAGGAGUUCAACAGGCAGCAGCGGACAUGACCACCUACAUCAGAAAGAAGUGGGGAGAGGAAGAAUCUCAUGAAACAGAAGCACCACAAGAAUUUGUCCCAGCCUGCAAACCUCAACCUGGGAAGACCACAGGCGCUACGCCAGCCCACCAAGGCAUGUGUGAAUUACUUUUCCCUGUACUGUUAUAA